CCAAAAAUAACCCACUCCACCUUAUAUAAGUGGCAAACAAAAGGGACCACUUUCUUACGGCGACAUCGCGAAACGUACCACAUGGCAUUGCAGCAACCAUCCAGAAGAGAUGCAUUGAUGUCCAGCUGGGGCCCGCAAUGGAGAGCGGGAAGUUUCGUGGGGGCUGGCACCACCAAUGUGCCGUUCACUCGAGGGGAGAAAAGUGGUGAGUCUUUUGUUGUCACUUUUGCUUGCCUUUUGUGCAUACUUCUCCAUAAAUAAAUUUGGAUGGGUUUAUUGCCUGGCCUCCCCUUCACUAGAGAGAGAGAGAGAGAGAGAGAGAGAGAGAGAGAGCAGUCUUUGGAGCGCACAAAAUUUCUGAAACUAUAGCCGAGCCCCUUUAAUUAAGAGAGAGAGAGAUAGCAAUCCUUGGAGCACACAAAGCUACCGAAAUUAUGGCCGAGGAGAGCAUGACUAGCACAACAGCACAAACAGAUUCCGAUCUUGAAGUUCCUCUGGGCGAAGUUCCGCCCUUUCGCAUAGCCAUGAAUCCUAUAUUGCUCAAAUCAGUAAGAUCAGGAGACAAAAGAAUUCUGGAUGAGUUACUACGACCAAGAGAUUUUUCUUCUGGAGCUUCAGUGGGGGAGAUCGCAAUAACAGUACGAAAGGAUGCUCCAACACAAGAAGAUACCCGUUGCCUCCUUGGAGUCACACUGGAGGGGAACACGGCCCUCCAUAUAGUUGCUAGCCGAGGACAUUUCGAGAUUGCCAAGGAGAUCUGCCGUAGAGAGAUUUCUCUUUUGGCAGCACCAAACACGAGGCUCGACACUCCAUUGCAUUGCGCUGCAAGGGCUGGGUAUGACGAGAUUGUCUCCCUCAUCAUCCAGUCUGCAAGGGAGGGCGAGAUCGAAGAAAGGAGAGUGCUGAGGGCGAGGAACAGGGAUGAGGCAAAUGCUUUGCACGAGGCCGCCAAAUAUAACCAUGCGAGCGUGGCCAAAGUACUGAUGGACGCGGAUGCCAGACUGCCACCCAUGCCGAACGAUGACAGACUGGCAUCCAUGCUGAACGACGACGGCAUGUCUCCGCUCUAUCUGGCCAUCGCGACAGGAUCUCUCGAUGUAGCCAAAGCCUUGCUACGAUCUUCCUCCUGGGACUGGGAGAAUUCUUCUCUAGAAUCUUAUGCAGGCCCUAACAAGAAAACGGCGUUGCAUGUAGCUGUUCUCCUGAGUCGAGAAAUUACACAAGUCUUAUUGGAUCGGAAGCCCAUGCUCGCCAAAGGUGUCGAUUCUUCUGGGGGAAUUCCUCUUCAUUAUGCGGCUUUAGAUGGUCAUCAUGAUACGGUGAAGCUAUUAUUAAAGCGCGAUCCCUCUACAGCCUACCAACCAGAUGCCAAUGGCUCAUUUCCCAUACACAUGGCAGCUAGAAGGGGAAAUGUUCGUAUACUUAAUCAGAUUUUAGAACAGUGCCCGGAUACAGAUGAAUUAUUAGACAAGGAGGGAAAGAAUUUUCUUCACGUCGCUUUCAAAAGGGGAAACUUGGAUGCGGUCAAGAAAAUUAUCUCCAAGAGACCGGAUCUCAGGAAGCUGUUAAAUGACCAGGAUAACGAGGGAAACACGCCGUUACACACGGCUGUUAAAAACAGUGACAAAGCGAGCGUGCAUUUUCUUCUCCGGGACAAAACUGUAUGCGUCAACGUUAUCAACCACGACGGCUUCACCCCUCUCGACUUGGCUUACGGAAUGUUGGAUGAAGGCCAGCUGCAAUUCUGGACGAAUUCAAAAUUCUGCAUUGCCAGCUGCUUGGCCCUAACAAAGGCUCUGCCCAGUCCACGAGAAUUGCAUGAUUUAGAGAGCGGUAAAUUAUCCAGUGAUGAGACCAAAGAGAAACUGUCCGGCGAUGAUAAGUUCAAAAAAAAAUCAUCCAACGUCGAGGGCAACGCAAUCGGGCGACGGAUAGAAUUUGCCAAAAAUAUUGGGAUUGUUAUGGUUUUGAUUGCUACGGUCACAUUUGCUGCUGCUUUCACCGUCCCCGGGGGGUACAUACAAGAUGAUCAUGCAGGCCGUGGCACAGCAGUUCUAGCAAAAGAGUAUGCCUUCAAUGUAUUCCUAGUCUCAGAUGCCGCCGCGAUGGUCUCCUCCAUGUUAGCCACAGUCUGGCUCAUCCAUUCAGGAAUAUGGACACUUGAUUCACGUCAUCGCCUAGAAGUCCUUGGCGCGGCUCUAGUUUGUCUAUGGGUGGCAUUUGCGGGCAUGUCCACUGCAUUCGCGAUGGGUAUAUAUGUAGUGUUGCCUCUCAACCACAACGGUAUCGGCGUUCUUUUAUGCGUCUUUGCUGGCGUAGUCCCUAUUCAUGGUUGUCUGGUGCCAAAUUAUAGCUUCUAUACUUUUCUGAAAACAGUAAUAAUCAGGCAAGGGUAUAGAAAAUGUAUUUGGCCAACCACACACCUGCAUGAUAAGAAACAUUUUGAUCCUUAUUGGCUGACCUGUGCACAUCUCAUUAGUUUUCUGGUUAUGGCAUUCGGCCCUAAUGCUCUCUUUUUCCUGUUAGCAGCAGCACUUUAGCAUCGGUGGCCGACAGAAUGUCCAAAGAUAGAUUGUGCAUUGCAUCGGGAGUAAUAUUUUAAUUAUUUUUUAUUUUUCACAUGUAAAUUUUUCUCUCUAUGCUAAAAAUAUUGGCUUUUAUGGACGUGGCAAUGAAAUGUUUGCUCUUUUGCUGUC